ACUCUUCACCUCUCCGUUGUUUUCGAUGUGGAGGCUGAAAGCUGGACGCGGUUUUGAGGCGGUCAGUAGUUUGUGUGGAGUUUAAACGGUGGGGCUUCUUCCUAAGUGCUGCUCUUGGUCAGUGGGCAGUCGGGAGUGAUGGAGUGACGCUGUGGCGAUUCAGCUCUGCGGGUUCUGGUGGUGGAAACAGCGGAAAGUCCAUGUUUCUCCACCGCAGCAGCAGCACCCGAACACUCGGCGCUGACCGAGUAACACGACCAAGACAUCACGAUGAAGAUGGAAAGUCAGAGUGAGACUGAAGUCUGGUGAUCUAGGCCCUGUCGCUUGAAGCUGUGGGGUCAGGGGAAGCGGAUCUCAGUAGGUCUGCUGGCCUGGAUGUUUAUCUUAUUCUUCUGAGUGGAACUGAAUUACAUUCCAUCCUGGUUUGAGUAGGACUUUGGAUCAUCUGUCUUAAAGUAGCGCACCUGCCAGGACUGACUGAAGUCUGGUGAUCCAGCCCCUGCAGCAUGAAACUAUGUUGUAACAGAAAGCUGCUCUUGCUGAGUUUGCUGGUCUGGAUUCUGGUCUUGUUUAUUGUUUUCUCCCAAACCUCUUUAGACUCUCCUUUGAAAAGUGCCAGCUACUUCAUAUGGUCAGUUCCUGCCCAGCAUAGCUUCAAAGCCAGUACAGUCUCCCAAGGGACUCAUAGCAUCAGCUCCCAGCACACCAACUCCACUCAAGCCAGCUCUGGGCGGCCGGUGGAGGGGAAAGGACGCAGCAGAGAUGUUGGAGGUAAAAGACACAAGCUGACCCCGAAGAAGAGGGUAAAGGAAUCAGAAGACGGGGAGGAAUAUUUCUCCAAUGGCAGGAAGGUGGUCUAUGGUCUGUGGAUGGGCCUAGUUUCAAGCAAAAUGCUGAGUGUACGCCUGCAGAAAGCCAAAAAGGCAAAUACUAAUACUAAUAAAUACAGUGUGACUUAUGUGCAGCAGCAAAGCAAACAGCUAGAAAAGAAGGAGCUACUGUGUCAGCUGAAGCAGCAGGUCCAGGUCAGGACACUGGAUGGGGCUGAGGAGCCCUUUGCCAGCUUGGGCUGGAAGCAGCUGGUGCCUUCCCAGCCCCUAUUGAAACUCCAUGGCACCCCAUACAAGACCUGUGCUGCGGUCUGCUCAGCUGGUGCCAUUCUCAAGUCAUCACUGGGAAAAGAAAUUGAUUCCCAUGAUGCAGUGGUUCGCUUCAAUUCUGCUCCAACUGAGGGCUACGACAACGAUGUGGGCAACAAGACCACCAUCCGCCUCGUGAACUCAAAGGUCAUGGGUGAGCCAGAGUAUAAUUUCAACACCAGUUCUCUCUAUAAGAACGUCACACUGGUGGCGUGGGAUGCUUCCAACUAUUCUUCUGACCUCCAUCAGUGGUACAAAAACCCAGAUUUUGACUUGUUCACGGUGUACAAGGACUACCGGACACUUUCUCCAGAGCAGCCCUUCUAUAUCCUGCACCCGGAGUUCAUCUGGAGCCUGUGGAAAGUGGUUCAGGCCAACACUAAUGAGAACAUCCAGACUAACCCACCGUCUUCUGGCUUUAUAGGCAUUGCCCUCAUGAUGGGUCUUUGUGAGCAGAUCGAUGUGUACGAGUUCAUCCCGUCCAAAAGACAUACGACCCUUUGUCACUAUUAUACCAAGGACCGUGACAUGGCUUGCACGUUGGGUGCCUAUCACCCGCUACUCUUCGAGAAACUCCUGGUCAGGAGGAUGACCACAACCUCUCACUCUGACUUUUCAAAUAAGGGCAAGGUCACCCUGCCGGGGUUUAGUAAGAUCACCUGUCCACCAUGAUGCUUCAGGAUCAAACAUGACUCAAGAGAGGUCUCAAAGUGGCCCAGGCUUUCAAUGAAAAAUGUAAUGCAUUGAAUGGACUUGAUUCAAAUUAUGUUUUGUUGAUUUUCUCAGUAAC